CAUGUCUCACGCGAUAGCGUGCUUCCGGGUUACGUUGACUGUUGUCAUUAUAUUCAUGACUACAGAUAUAGCUUGUGGCGAUGUCAUCGAGUUUUCACGAGGAACACGCGAUCAAGUGAAUUGAUUAACACCUCCAGAUAAGGACGUGCUGAGGAAAUGCAACAAGAGUCCCAAGGCAAAAGGCAUUCACCUCGAAAGCGAGGGGCUGACCUUUCUGGGGAUCCAGACCAGUUUGCAUCAAAUGCAGAUUCUUCAUACGUAUCUGGAAAGCGACACAAAGAGGGAGUUGUAAGUGAUGAUGACCUUCAAACACUUGGCAAAGCAAUUGGUGUCAAGUGGGAUCGACUGGCACGUCGACUACCCAAAAUUGAGGAAGAUGACAAAGAGGAAAUUGAAGACAGCUAUAGGACUUUGUCUCAAAGGGGAUUUCAUAUGCUGAAACUGUGGAAAACAAACAAUGGGGAAGCUGCAGACUACAUGACUUUACAUGAUGCAUUAGUCCACAAUAUGGUACAGCGGAAAGACUUAGCAGAAAAGUAUUGCUUUGAAUAA